UCUUCUUCUUCUUCCCCAUGCAGCCAUUCACCAACACGAAUUCAGUGUGAUGUGAAAAUUCCAAAGAGAAAAAUGAUAAAAAAAUCAAUUCCUUUUAUUAAAUUAGGGUGAAAAAACGUGAGAUAUCCACCAAGGGGGCUACUGUGAAGUGUUUGAGUGCAUGUGGUAGUGAUCCAGGGGCAAUCCCCAAUGAUUAAGUGAGAGAAAUUGUGGCUGGAAGAGAGAAUUUUUGAACAACAAAUAAAAUGGCUUCGGGAGACAAUGUGAAUUCAAUAGAGGAAAUUGAAAUUCCUGCUCUUCAGUCCACCAGUCGCGAUUCCGGAGACAAUGACGGCUUGGCUGCAGCAAAGGAUACGUCCGAUGUGGGCAGUGAUACUCUGGUGCGUUCCGCUCGGUCCAGGUACAAUAAGACUGAGAAGGAGCGCAAAAUUGGGCAUCGUCGAGUGGGCGAAGGUGGUGAAAUCACCUACAAGAAGAUCCAAACAUCACAGAUUAUGGGAUCGAUCCAAUUGGGAAUUCAGCACACGGUGGGCAGUUUGGCGUCCAAGCCCAAAAGAGAUCUCCUAAUGAUGGACUUUUGGGAAAUUGAGACGAUAUCCUUUCCACCAGAGGGUUCAAGUAUUACGCCAGCACAUCACUAUAGCGAGUUUAGAUUUAAGAUUUAUGCUCCGAUUGCAUUCCGUUACUUUAGAGAUUUGUUUGGUAUCCAACCAGAUGAUUUUAUGAUGUCGAUGUGUUCGGCACCAUUGCGUGAAUUAUCAAAUCCAGGAGCAUCUGGAUCAAUAUUUUACUUAACAGACGACGAUGAGUUCAUCAUUAAGACAGUUCAGCACAAGGAGGGUGAAUUUCUGCAGAAACUCCUUCCUGGCUACUAUAUGAAUCUUAAUCAGAAUCCACGGACACUUCUGCCGAAAUUUUUUGGUCUCUACUGCUUUCAGUGCAAUAGCAAAAAUGUCCGGUUAAUUGUGAUGAAUAAUUUGCUGCCGUCGUAUGUGAGGAUGCAUUUAAAGUAUGAUUUGAAGGGAUCUACGUACAAGAGGCGUGCCAAUAAGGCGGAAAAGGAGAAAAAAUCACCGACUUACAAAGAUUUGGAUUUUAUGGAGCAUCAUCCAAAUGGGAUUUUUCUCGAGGCAGACACCUACAAUGCCCUGAUAAAGACAAUUCAGAGGGAUUGUAGAGUACUGGAGUCCUUCAAGAUCAUGGACUAUUCCCUGUUGGUGGGAGUUCACAAUUUAGAUUUAAGUCUGAAGGAUAAGCAGGAGGAGAAGAAUGCUCAGAUGAGGGAGGCAGAGGAUUUGCAGGACAUGUCCUUGGAUGGAGCAGGUGAUGAAAGGGAUAGACGGGAGAGACGAUCUGGUGGAGCUACAGCACUAAAUAGGAGUCGAUCUGUCAAUCGACAGAGAUUGGUGGCUCACUCCACAGCCAUGGAGAGUAUCCAGGCGGCCAGUGAACCCAUUGAUGAUGAGGAUGAUGUUCCACCCGGUGGAAUUCCAGCUAGGAGUGAAAAGGGUGAAAGACUCUUGCUAUUUAUUGGCAUCAUUGACAUCCUUCAGUCGUACAGAUUGAAGAAGAAGUUGGAGCACACAUUCAAAAGUAUUAUUCACGAUGGGGACACAGUAUCUGUCUGUCGGCCAUCGUUCUAUGCUCAAAGAUUUCAGGAUUUUAUGGCUAAAACGGUCUUCAAGAAAAUUCCCUCACUGGACCUUCCUGAGAUUAAAGGAAAUCAUAGAAAAUUUCGUACUUUGGUCACCAGUUAUAUAGCUCUCAAACAUUCACCGUCGAAGCGAAAAAGUAUUUCAAAAAUGAUGGCAAAGGCAUCAACUAAUGAUAUUGAAUUUCAAGCAUUCCCCGGGGACUCCAAUCAUCCCCCAUUUACCAAUAGUACUAGCAAUUCAGCAACCAAUCCGGUUAAUUCAAUAAUGAAGAAUACUCCGCAUAAAAAUAAGACUUCGACACUUCCGUCUGUUGCGAGUAAUAAUCAAAAUGUUGUGGCGAAUGUACAGCAACCGCCACUGAAGCAAAGCAAGUCAAAGAUUCAAAAAUCCAAAGUCCCACCGCCCGUUCCACCACGAAAAUCGCCAAAUAACCGAAAACUCGUGGACUCUAAUCGCUGUAAUCCGGCCAGUGAUGAUUUCUUGGAUCACUCAUCAACAGGAACGGCUCCGUCUGGAUGUUCGACUCCGCCUCCGCCGUUCGAUGACAUCUCCGAGUACAGUUCUAGUCUGGCCAAACAUCAUUCUUCGCCGGGAGCAGCUGCGGGCAGCAACAAGACGAUGGCCUCAACUUCGUACGAGGAGGAUGUUGUGAGCAUUUCAGAAAUUCGAGUGCACAGCCACUUGGGCAUGGACAUUUCAUCGGGGAGCAGCCACUACGGGUCCAAGGGAGGCCUAGCGUGGACGUCGGGCGAGGGCUCAACGCCCACAUGGACCGAGGGUACACCCAGUUACACCGAGUCCAGCUCCAGCGGCGAAUUGUGCCACAGUAGCAAUAGAUAAUUUAGCUUCGGAGGGUGGCGUAGAGGCCAAAAAAAAAAGAUCAUUGGGUGGGUAGUCAAAAAAUAUAAAUUAAAAAAAAAUCACAUUGAGAGAGGGAGGCCAAUAACAUCUCCAGUCUUCGUCGUGAGAAAUCACACAAAACAAAAAAUAACAAAGGUGUUUAAAAUCAAUAUUGGAAAGAUUGCAUAAAUUAUUGAAAAAAAAAGUAAUUAUUUAAUUGAAAAAAAUAAUGGAUGGGUGCAAAUGUGGAAGAAAAAAAUAUAACCAACUUUUUUCUUUUUUUUUUUUGUGAAAUAAAAAAAAGCAAAUAAACAUUGUUGCUAGAGUAGAGAUAAAAAUUAAAUUAUUACAGACAAAAUCAAGUUGGUGGUUCAUCGUGAAUAGUUAGCUUCUUUGAAAAAAACAAAACUAAAUAAAAAAUAUAAAUAAAUAAAACAGUACAUUAUUGAAGUGUAAAUUACUCCAUUUGAAAUCAACAAAAUAUAGUUAUUAAUUAAAGAAAAAAAAAGAUGUAAGAAAUGAAAAGCAUUAAAUAGCCAAUAUUUUACUUCCACGCUGCAGAUUGAUAUUUUCUGCUGGGAGGGAAUUGUAUAACCAAAAAAAAUUCUCUUUUUAAUUGUAUAAUGAUCAAAUGUAUUAGUUACUCAAUUUUUUUUUGACUAAAGAAAUAUUUUUAUUUUAUAUUUAAAAAAAUAUAUAUAGAGAAGAAAGGAGACAUAAAAACACGCAAAA